ACAUAAAUGCCACAUCAUUAGUUGUCGUUCGACAAUAUUAACAUUAAAUCCAAAUCUGAUUUCGGUCGAACUUUUUUUGCUGGAAAAAAACAAUUUUAAAAAGUGAAGAAGAUUGCUUAACAUGGACCAAUUGGACGAUUCCAACGACGGGCGGGAAACGCGCCAACACUUUGUGAUCACUGUGCAGCUGCGGAGAUCCAGAACCAACAGCGAUGUGUAUCAAUACUUCGACUAUGAGGACCCGGACGAGCCGGAAAGCAUAUGGCCCUUUCAGUUUUCGGUGAAUGAAAUGUUAAUGGCCUUGGGCAGCGAGGAUGUGAAGGUCCAAUUCCUGGCCGUGAUCGUGGCUCGCAAGAUGCUGAGCCGCGAAACCAAUCCACCUGUUGACUUGAUGAUCGCCCACGACAUUGUGCCCGUAUGCCUACGGUUUCUGCAAUGGGUUAGAGAUCCAAUGGUGCAGUACGAAGCUGCCUGGGCAUUGGCCAACAUUGCAUCCGGCAAUUCUGCUCAGACGCGCGCCGUCAUUGACAAUGGAGCAGUGCCUAUCUUAGUUGCCACUCUGAAGUCGAGUUCCGUACAUCCGGUGGAAAUGGCUGUCUGGGCCUUGGCCAACAUUGCCGGCGAUGGAGCACUUGCUCGGGACGUUGUUAUUUCUGAAGGAGUCAUCGAUGGCAUUUUGCCUUUGAUCAACGAUAAAACUUCGCAGGCAUUCCUUCGCAAUAUUGUGUGGCUGAUUGCGAACCUGUGCCGUUACAAGGAUCCCCCGGCUUCGUUCGAUGAGCUGAAGCGUUUGCUGCCAACUCUGUCGGAUCUUCUGCUAAACAGAGAUCCGAAAAUCCUGUGUGAUGCCUGUUGGGCCUUGUUCUACGUGUCGGAUGAUGACGAUGUAAGCAAGAUUCAGGCUGUCGUGGACACUGGUGCCGUGCCGCGCCUAGUCACUCUUUUGGACAGAGAUGAUACAAAUAUCGUAGUUCCAGCGUUGCGCUGCCUAGGAAAUAUUGUCUCCGGGACGGAUGAGCAAACUGAUGUAUUCAUUAACAGUGGUGGACUACCCAAAUUGCGCAAUUUGCUCGAGCACCCGAAGAGCAGCAUUGUCAAGGAGGCCGCCUGGACAGUCAGCAACAUCACUGCUGGAAACCCAGCUCAGAUUCAUGCUGUUAUGAGAACUGAAAUAUUUUAUCAAAUCUAUAAUAUUCUAGAGAGAGGCUGCGUUAAGGCUCAGAAGGAGGCCGCCUGGGCAGUCACCAAUACCACAAGUACGGGAACUCAAAUCCAGAUCUCAGAACUCAUUGGCAAAUAUAGAAUCUUGGUACCGUUCCUCAAGCUUUUGGAAGCAAAAGAUUCUAAUAUCGUUUUCAUUGUUGAGACCGGACUACAUCAUUUAUUUAGUCUUGCUGAGGACUUGGAUCGCGUCGAGGCCCUUGGCAUACUGAUUGAUGACCUGGGGGGACUGAAGAAGCUGAGAGCCCUUCAACAACAUGAAAAUAGGGAUGUCCGUAUUAAAGCCUAUACUAUCAUUUAUAAUUUCAUCGAGCCCUACCCGAUGUUGCAAUCUAGCGACAAUUCGGAUGAAGAGACCGACGCUUUGCCAGAGUAAAAAUCUCCGCACUGGCACGCCUAACCCCAGAUUGUUCUUCCUGCACUAGUUACGCCAGCAUUAUUUAUUUUUAUAUUCUAUGGUCAAAAUGUUUAUUUUUUAUUUUCGA